UUUGCUGACACUACGUUUUCUGCCGCUUACGUUUGUUGCGAUAAUAAAUAACAGUGCGCGGCGUAUGGAUUUGUUUAUCAGGAAGGAGCUGGUUCUGACCAAGGAAACUGGACUGGAGGAUGUGGCGCCGCUGUGCCUCAAGCUGCUCACCUGGCUGCGCGGCUGCCAGGAGGAGAUGCACAGCGAGCACCGCCACCUGCGGCUCAGCCAAUCCGUGGUGGAAUCCCUGCUAAAGGCCCACCUGUACCUGUUCGAGUGCUACGAUCGCUUUGGCGAACCGCUGGCCGAUCGCUGCGAUUCCAGUGGCUUCUUUGCGGGCUGCUCCAGUCUGGAGGCUCGGAGGCAGUGCAUCCGGGAGCUGUGCACGACCAUUGUGAACACAAAGCGGGGAGAAGCGCAUGCGCCACUGCUGCAUCUAAUGCACCGCACAUUCGCCGAGAUUCAGCCCGCCUGGAGUGUGAUCCGUGAUCUGGACUGGUCGGAGAUUCGGAAAUCAGAGGCACUGUCCUGCAGCGAUUUCAUCAGCCAGGAUCUCCAGCAGAUGCGCCGCCUGGUGAAGCGAAUUGCUCGCUUGUCCAGUCUGCGGGACAUGGAGACCGCCUUGCAGCGCUCCAUGGAACUGGUGCGAUUCCCGGUGUGGCUGCAUCUCUUCCAGGAGUCACGGCACAGUGACAUCCACUCCGACUGCCACCUAAUGCGCCACAUGAUCUGCGAUACUGUGACGGAGGGCGCAUCACCCGCCUGCUCCGGAUUCCUGCACAAUGUGUUCCUGUUCCUGCUGCAGCCCGCCAACGGACUGAGGUUCUGGGCUGGCCUGGAGCAUGUGCGUCUGGCUGGCAGCCUGAUUGCAUACCUAACCGGUCAUUGGAGCCGGCACCUGCCCUACUUGGACCUGGACGAGAUGCAAUUGACCGCCGAGGCUCCUGCGUGGGCUGUGGCGCAACUGCCCCUCAACGAGGCCACCUAUGUGACCCACCUGAUGCUGGCCCCCGGAUCGCCAUGUCGCCGCCAGUUCGCCCAGCAGUUACGCACCCUCCUGUCCGCCCAGUGCUUUGCCCAGCUCCUGGAGCUGCUCAAUAAAGUGGCCUUCGUGUUCAGUUAAUCCGCCCCAAGCUUUUAAUCGUUUUUGGGCAAA